CAACCAACAAUUUCAUUAACUAGGUACUUUAUAGGAGCGUUCGUAAUAUCUAAAGACCAUAACUUGAUUUACUUGGUGCGCCCGCGCAGUCUCAACGCAAACUCGCGCGCAUACUGUCGUGUCACGUUUCCACAAUGAGGAUUUGGAAGUCGCGUCGGUUCAUCUUGGCCAGCGUAUUGGCGGCGUUGGUGAUAGGCGCGCUAGUGGCACUGCUGGUGCUGCAGCCGUGGGCAGGAGUACAUCAACCAGGCUACUUGCACGCUACUGUCGCCGCCAAUGGCUACGAGUGCGCUGCCAUCGGACGCCAAAUCUUGGACAAGCAAGGGUCCGCGGUGGACGCAGCGAUAGCGGCCUUGUUUUGUGAGGGACUCUCAUGUGCACAAUGUAUGGGUCUCGGCGGCGGCUUCCUGGCGACGGUAUACGACAAGCCGUCGAGGAGGGUGCGAGCUCUCAACGCCCGCGAGCGCGCGCCAAUGCAGACUACAGAGGACAUGUUCGCGAACGCAUCCUCGGUGGUCGGGGGACUCGCUAUAGCAGUGCCGGGAGAACUGCGAGGGUACGGCGAGCUCUAUCGGGAGUAUGGACGCCUGCCGUGGGCCGAGCUGGUACGGCCCGCCAUAGAGCUAUGUCGCAACGGCCACCGCGUCAACUCGUACAUGGCGCGCGUGCUGCGCUCCUACAGCGACAGAAUCAAGGCCGAGCCGUCAAUGAGAGAAAUUUACCUGAACCCGGAAACGGGCGAAGUGUGGAACGAAGGCGACCUUAUCAAGAACCCGGCGCUAGAAGAAACCUUAGAAACUAUCGCUCGGGAGGGCCCGGAGGCGAUACACAACGGCUCCCUUACGCAGAAACUCGUGCAAGAUAUCCGAGACUUCGGUGGUAUCAUAACGGAAGAGGAUAUGAGGAACUACAGGGCGGAGUGGAGCGACCCGAUAGAGGUGCCCCUAACGGACGAGCACACGCUUUACUCGGUGCCGCUGCCGGGCUCCGGCUCGGUGCUGGCGUUCAUAUUGAACAUGCUCCGAGGGUGGGUCGGCGACGGCAGCGACGUGAAGUCGGGCACCAACCUUUAUUGGCAUCGCGUCGUGGAAACCUUCAAGUACGCCUACGGGCAGAGAACCGGACUCGGGGACCCUUCACGCUCUAAUUUGGGCGAACGGAUUCAGGAGCUACAACGUAACCUGUCGAAGCCGAGUUGGGCACAAGACUUCCGCAGGCUAGUAGACGACCGCAAGACGUACCAGGACUGGCAACACUAUGGCGCUCUGUUCGAGGGUGCCGACGACCACGGCACCGCGCACCUGGUGGUGAUCGCGCCCGAUGGCAGCGCUGCGUCUGUCACCAGCACCAUCAAUUACAUAUGGGGUUCCCAAAGACGAUCGCGGUCUUUGGGCUUUAUGCUCAACAACGAAAUGGACGACUUCGCGAUACCGAACCGCGAGUCAGCGUACGGUAUGCCGCCGUCGCCGGCCAACAUGCUAGCACCGGGGCUGCAGCCUCUAAGCUCCAUGACCCCGAGUAUCGUGCUGCGUAACAACCAGCCAGUUCUUGUCAUCGGCGCCGCGGGAGGCACUAAGAUCACCACGCAAGUCUCACUGGUUGUAAGAAACGUGAUACUGGAAAGUGGAGAUUUACGCCACGCCAUGGACCGACCGAGACUCCACCAUCAGCUGAUACCCAUGGAGAUAGAAUACGAGCACAACUUCGAUGAAGCGGUAGUAACAUCCCUUCGUUCCCGAGGUCACGCGACCACUGAGCUUGGUCAAACGGCAGGCUUUGCCGCAGUGGUGGGCGCGGCUCGCCAUAGCGACGGCUACCUCCAUGCCUACACGGACCGACGGCGCAUCGGCAGCACUGACGGCUUCUAAAUGCAAAUUCAAUAACCACGACAAAGUCUUCAUUGUUAAAGAAACUUUUCAGCCUUUCCGCACGUUAGGUCCUAUUACCGGAAUGUAUAGUCGGUUCAUUAGGUUUUAUUCCCUAACGUGCCAAAAGGCUUUUUUUUUUUAAACAAUACGCGCCAUGCUUAUGCGGCAUGAUUUCAAGUAUCCCAAAAAAAGGUACUGACGUGAAACCUUUUUGGUGAAAAAGAUACUUAGGCCAAUACCAGGGAUGUUCAAACUUUUCCUUUAUCGUGCCAAUAUUUACUAUUAGAAUCGAUGGAGGGCCAAGUUUUUGUUCGGCCCACUUACGAUUUGCAGGUUCGGCAGCGGGGUGGUCCUUAUCAGAAUAUGUGCAAAAAUGGUACUUUCUGGUUUGUAUUGAUUUUUGUUUGAUGGUCGCGGGUCGGAUUUCUACCAUUCGAGGGCCGUAUAGUUUGCCCAUCCCUGGCCUAUACCUAUUCAGAGUUUUGUCAGCCGCACAGUUCCUAAAAUCUUCAUGAUAGACCACAACCAAGUUAGUUUCUGUUUUACUUAUAAGUACUUUAAAUACAAAUGAGCAUUUAUACUAGAAAUCUUGAACAAGUGCUCUAAAACGUAGUAGUUAAAUUAGAUGAUUGCUUAAUCAAAACUAUGUUUGCGAACUUUUGUUAUUACAAAGUUACAAUUUUAUUUCAAUUUCCCCAAAUAAUUAAAGCUUACACAAUAAUAGCUCAUUUAUGCUAGUAGGUCUAAGUACGUCGUAAAAUACAUUUUUGGUAAAAAUCUCAUUUUAACAGGUCACAAGCAACCAAUUAAAAAUUACUUUUAGUUGUUGUUCACAGGUCCUUCUAUGUUGCUAUCUUAAUAGGUACUUAGUUAUACAUUUAGAAAUAGUUUUAAUUAAUAGCAUUAUGUACUUACUUAAAAUUAACAUUAUCGAAGGUCAUGAACGCACUAUUGUGCGUCAGAUAUUUUAUAUAUCUUUACCCGCUCAAAGAGUUAUCAGAGGAGCAGGCGGUACCGAUCGAAAAUUAUUAUAUUGUCAUUAGUGCGAUUCAUUAGUCGAUCGUCCAACUAGUGAGAUUUUUUUCUCAUUUGUUCAACCGUCGAAGUACUGAGACUUUAUUGUUCUCAUUUGUUCGAAUGUCGUUAAACUUAUUUCUUUUAUUUAUCAAUUUUCAUUACCAGAACUUAGUUAUGUUUGGUCUUCUGGUACUUUUUUUUUCAAAAAUGGUUUAAUAAAAUAAAUGUAUAUGAAUUGUAUGCAAGAAUGACAAGGGGAUAUACAAUACACCCGUAGUAAAGAGACAUUAUUAAAACUUUUAUUGGUUUUUAUAUCUCUAAGUUCGAGUCAAACAAAUAACAAUAAUAUAGUAAUUCGACGUUAGAACAAAUAAGCAAAAAAACAGUAGGUAGUUCGACGAUCGAACUAAUGAGAAUUCAAGUAGGUACUACGUAGUUAGCUAGAUAAUAGGCACCAAAGACCGUACCAAUGUCACUUGAUCGAUUUAUUAUCGCUGCAUUUGUUUUGGGUUGUGUUAACACGUCAAGAGUUCAUGGGAAGAGUACGACCUCAUAAGCUCGAGCGAUAAUUUAUUCAAUAUCAAAUUUCGAGCACCGAUUUUUUUGUCAUUUAUAGCAAAUGAGGAUGUAAAUUCUAUGUGAUAUACAACUAUAGCGUGUAAUAAUAUAAAUGUAGGGAAUUUUGACCAUGCUUUUGUAUGUAAAUAAUUACAUGCUUAUUUAUGUUUAGCUGUUUUUAAGUUAUGGUGAUGUUUUAUGAGAACGAAAUAAAAAACUAGUGUUGAA